AUGGAGAGUAAUCAGAAGCCGACUCCGCCAUGGAACGAAGAGAUCAGGAAGCUGCACCAGUUCAUCGAGGACCAGUUCUGUCGACAGGCCGUGCUGCUGCAGGAACUGACACGACCUCUUCGGUUUGCACCUGACAAGCUGGCGCCUGCUGUUGCUCCCGUCCUGCGGCCUCCGGAGGGGGAGAGCAAGGACCUAGACUUGGUUUCCGAGGGUGCUGGCAUCAAUAUUCGGCACAUCCAGAGGCAUCCGGGCACCGUGCUGGCUUCUGGCGGGCGCACUGAGAAAGCGGACAUGCAGUCGGAGACCUCUUUGAACAAUUCUGCAGUGGUAAGCGUUGCCGCAGAAGUUGCAGAGGCCAGAAACCAGCAGCUCGGCGAGGCUGACGCGGAGAAGCGGGUGACACUCUCGUUUCAGAUGCCCGAAGACCUGGACCAGCAGGACGUUCAAGAUCUAGCAGCCUUCGAUGAAAACUGGGAGCCUACGGCCAGCCCGAGUGUGACCGAAUCUCCGGCUAAACGCUCCCGCGACAGUUCGCGGCAAACCUUCGUGAGGGCCAAGCUCAGCCAGCACCAAGAAAAGGCUGCAGCUGCCGCCCGCCUGGUGCGUCAAGCCAGUGCCAUCAAGCCGAAACGCUUAUGGCCCAGUGCAAAGCAAAUUGUGACGUCUCGAGUCUUUGCCUACGGGAUCAUCUGUCUGAUUAUUGUGAACCUCGUCCUCCUGGGAAUCGAGGUGGAUGUCAGCUCUGGCCUCCCUCAGAACGAGGUGCCUACAUGGUUUGCGAUCGUGAACAUUGUCAUCGUAUCGGUAUACACCAUGGAAAUCGCUUUGAAGAUCCUUGCAUUCGGAACGCGGGCGUUCUUCUGCGGAAGGGACAGCUACUGGAAUGUGUUCGACUUCGUCAUCGUUUCAGUGUCUAUCGGCGAGACGCUGAUCGAAAUGCUGAUUCUCACGUCAUCGAGUGUGGACUCUGCACAUUUGCGAGUGCUUCGUUUCUUGCGGGUGGCCCGAGCAUUGCGCAGCAUACGGGUGAUGCGGCUGGUUCACUAUAUCGGCGCUUUGCGGACUCUUGUGUUCUCAAUCGUGAGCACUAUGGGCAGCCUUUUAUGGACCAUGCUGCUGCUAGUCAUGAUCUUUUACUUGUUUGGUGUAAUCCUGGCACAGAUUGCCACAGACAAUUGCCGUACCCUGCAGCAAGCCGCCACGGGCGACAUCAAUGCCGUACCGCUGUGCGAAGGCGCUCUCUAUAUGCACUGGAGGACCGUGCCGGUGAGCAUGCUGACACUCUUCAUGGCUGUUAGUGGUGGACUGAGCUGGACAGAGGCGUUGCAGCCAUUGCAGCAGUUCUCGCCAUUCGGAGUCGCAUGUGUGAUCACGUACAUUGUAAUCACGGUCUUCGCAGUGUUGAAUGUCGUGACAGGCGUCUUCUGCAACACCGCAAUUGAGAGCGCUCACGCGGACAAAGAUAUCGCGAUCAUGAAGCAGAUGAACAAGAGAAAUGCACAGAUCGAAGCACUGCGGCAUAUCUUUGGAGAGAUCGACCGUGACCGUUCGAACAAGGUCAGCAUUCAGGAGCUCAAGGACGCGAUGGACACUCAAAAGCUGUCCAGUUUCAUGGAAUCCCUCGGCAUCUCAACUGAGGACGUUUGGACACUGUUCAUGGUCAUCGACUCUGAUGAGAGUGGUGAGAUCACCCUCGACGAAUUUGUUGGUGGCUGCAUGACGCUGAAUGGGCCUGCCCGGAGUCUUCAUCUUGCGCGGAUGAGUCACGAAAACAAGGUCACUCGACAGGAGAUCAAGCAGCUUAGUGCCCAAAUGGCGGGAGUACUGGACGCCCUUGGCGUGGAUAUGGCUGUCUCCGCAAAAAGUGAGGGUGUACCAUGCACCGUCUUCCAACUCGGACCGUUCGGACGGGGAUAG